AUGGCUUUAGAAAGUGAAGAUGAGGACGGUGGGGAGGCAGAAGACGAAAGGGGCACUGGUGAUCCUGAGCGCCAGGCCCAUCCAAGGGGCAGCUUCCAAGUGGCUCAGGACCAUCAUGACAUGCCAUGGCGGCAGCCACCCUGCCAGGAGGAAGAGGAUUUCUCUGACUCCUUUAGUACCAGGGACGUGGGGAAGAAACCUAUGGCGAUGCCUGGGAAGAGGGCCAGCGAGGGAAGAGAUGAAUCCAAGACCACUCGGACCCAGGACUCCUCCGGAGCACGUACAGCUCCGGGUGCCCUUCCCGGUGGCCUCUCACAUAAGUUGUUAGAUCAGAUGCAAUUUCCUAGGGACUCAUUACCUGCAGGUGAUGGUGGAGACUUGAGGACAGAGUUGGAGGCAGCCUUGGGUGUCCCCUACAGCUUCCCUGGUCCUGGGAGGUCCCUCUGUACACAAAGAGGUGUAGACAUAUCCCCGGACAACUCCUCUCCUUUGUGUGUCCCCAAGGCUGGGACCAGCCCGAAGGGCCAGAGCCUGGUGGGCGCGGGCGGGCAGGGGGCAGCACGUCCCUACAAGUGCCUGAGGGGAGGGCGGGCCUUCCAGAAGCCCAGUAGCCCGCUGAGCUCCGCACAGACACCAGGUGCCAAGCCAUACCCAUGCGAGGUGUGCGGGAAGGCCUACUCCCACCGGGGCACGCUCCAGCAGCACCGGCGCCUGCACACAGGGGAGCGGCCCUACCAGUGCCCCUUCUGCGACAAGGCGUACACCUGGUCCUCCGACCACCGCAAGCACAUCCGCACCCACACCGGUGAGAAGCCCUACCCAUGCCCGGACUGCGGGAAGGCCUUCGUGCGCUCUUCCGAUCUGCGCAAACACCAGCGCAAUAUGCACGGCAACAACAAGCCCUUCCCGUGCGCCCAGUGCAGCCUGACCUUCAACAAGCCUCUGUCGCUGCUGCGCCACCAGCGCACGCACCUGGGCGAGAAGCCCUUCCGCUGCCCCGCCUGCGACCGGGAGUUCGCGGUGGCCAGCCGGAUGAUGGAGCACCAGCGUGUGCACUCCGGCGAGCGGCCCUUCCCCUGCCCCACCUGCGGCAAGUGCUUCACCAAGUCCUCCAACCUGAUGGAGCACCAGACGCUGCACAGCGGCCAGAGGCCCUUCAAGUGUGCCGACUGCGGCGUGGCCUUCGCGCAGCCCUCGCGCCUGGCGCGCCACCAGCGCAUCCACACUGGCGAGAGGCCCUUUCCCUGCACACAGUGUGGCCAGGCCUUUGCGCGCUCCUCCACCCUGAAGCGGCACCAGCAGGUCCACUCUGGGGAGAAGGGCUUCCUCUGUGCGCAGUGCGGCAGGGGCUUCCGCAUCUCCUCGGAGCUGGCCCAGCACAUUCGGGUGCACAACGGGGAGAGGCCCUACCAGUGCGAGGAAUGCGGCCAGGCCUUCACCCGGUCCAACCACCUCCAGCGGCACCGAGCCAAACAUGGCACCUGCAAGAACGAGCCCAUCCCCUCCUCCUCUGACGAGUGA